AUGAAUCAGAAGCAACACGUUGAAACCAUUGUGAUCAAGCAGACAGACCAAGCUCGUGUUAAUUAUCGCAUUCUAUUAAUUGCCGCACUUGAUUGCACUAGAUAUUUAUUGCAACAAGGUCUUCCUUUUCAUGGCCAUGAUGAAAGCGAAACAUCUAGCAAUAGGGGUAAUUAUGUGGAGCUUUUGCAAUUUCUUGUCGAUCAUGAUGAGAAAGUUCGUGCCGUUGUGUUUGAGAACUCUCCAAGGAAUCUCAAGUAUAUUGCUCCUAACAUUCAAAAAGAACUUGUCAACUCUUGUGCCGCUGAAACCAUUGAUGCAAUUAUUAGUGAUAUGGACGAUGCAUUCUUUUCUAUAUUGGUAGAUGAAUCACAUGAUGUUUCAAUAAGAGAGCAAAUGGCGGUGGUGUUGCGUUAUGUGAACAAAAAAGGGCAAGGGUAUGAUGACGCUAGUAAUAUGAGAGGUGAGCUCAAUGGUCUUAAAACACAGAUUUUUAGAGAAUAUCCUCAAGCAUAUUAUGUCCAUUGUUUUGCACAUCAACUGCAACUAGCUCUUGUAGCCGUAGCAAAGGGAAAUGAAAACAUUGCUACUUUCUUCACAACGGCUAGUAGUGUCGUUAAUAUUAUUGGAGCAUCGUGUAAGCGUCGUGAUGCACUUAGAGAGCAACAACAAAAAGAUAUUAUGGAAGCUCUUGAAAUUGAUGAUCUUAAUCAAGAGACUACUCUCAAACGUCCUUGUGAUACACGUUGGAACUCACAUUAUGAUACUUUACUUAGUAUUAAUACUAUGUUUCAUCCGAUGGUGAAGGUGCUUGAAUGGAUUGUUGAUGAUGUCAACCAAGAUAAUUUAGGUGAAGCAAAUAGGUUGUUGAAAGAAAUACAAACUUUUGACUUUGUGUUUCACUUAUAUUUGAUGAGAUUUAUAUUGGGAAUCACAAAUGAUUUGUCAAAGGCAUUACAAAAGAAAGAUCAAGAUAUUGUGAAUGCGAUGAUGUUGGUCCAAAGAUGUAAGCAAAAGCUACAAUCCGUGAGGGAUGAUGACUUUGAUGAUUUGCUUGGCCAAGUAUCAAUGUUUUGUGGCAAAAAUGAUAUUAACGUUCCUAACAUUGAUGAUUUAUUUGUACCACAAGGGAGAUCAAGACGUAAAGCUCAUAAAAUCACAAACCACCAUUAUUAUCGUGUGGACCUAUUUCUUACUAUCAUUGAUAAGCAACUAGUGGAAUUGAAUAAUCGCUUCACUGAGACUAGCAUAGAGUUUUCAUCAUUGAACGGAAUUACUGAUCUGACAGAAAAAUUGGUGAAUACAGGAAGGAAUAGAAUAUACAACUAUGUGUAUUUACUUCUUACAUUGGCUUUAGUUUUACCCGUUGCAACUGCUUCGGUUGAGAGAGCUUUGUCAGCUAUGAAUAUUGUGAAAAUACCAUUGCGUAACAAAAUGGGGAAUCAAUAG